CGCGUUUGAAAUUUGAAUAUUCCUAUUUCUCACCACCGACUCACCACAACUUUUAUAUAUAACCGCAGUGUGUGGAGAGUGCAGAGAGUGGUGGCGCCGGGAGCCUCUAAUUUACUUCUGUCAUAGCCAGGCCAGUUAAAGAACUCAAAUAUAUAUAUAUAUAUAUAUAUAUAUAUAUAAUGGAAGCUAAGAUGAGCGCCGCCAGCAGUAGCAGAAGGUAUGUAUGUAGUUAGUAUAUUCUACUUUCAACAUUCUAUUCAUGGUUUUGAUGUUAUGAGUAGGUGUGGUGUUGUGAGCGGAGCAAACAGAGGAAUAGGAUAUGAAAUAUGCAGACAGCUUGCUAAUGAAGGGGUGGUGGUAGUGGCCACUGCAAGGGAUGAGAAGAGAGGGAUGGAAGCUGUGGAGAAGCUCAAACAGUUAUGUGGUGGAGAAGAUGAAGAUAGUAUUGUGUUUCACCAACUUGAUGUUGCAGAUGAAGUUAGCAUUUCUUGUCUUGUGAAUUUCGUCAAAACCAAGUUCGGGAAACUGGAUAUCCUGGUAAACAAUGCAGGUGUAAAUGGGCUUAUUAUUGAAGGAGAUGGUUUAAUUCUCAAAGAGAUGAUAGAAGCAGAUUCCUCACGAAUCAGUUCUGCAAAUGAACAGGAGUUAGAAAUAGAGUUGAAAAGUGAUGGCGCACUCAUUCAAACUUAUGAGUUGGCUGAACAGUGCAUUAAUAUAAACUACCAUGGCACCAAAAGAAUGGUUCAAGCAUUUCUACCUCUUCUCCAGCUCUCCCAUUCCCCUAGAACUGUCAAUGUUUCCUCCACUCAGGGGAACCUAAAGCUACUAUCAAAAAAUGAGAUGGCUAGAAAGAUAUUGAGCAAUGGCGAAAGCCUAACAGAGGAAAGGGUGGAUGAAGUGGUGAAGGAAUUUCUCAAGAAUUACAAGGAAGGUCCAACCAUAGCACAAGCCAAAGGUUGGCCAAGAUAUGCCUCAGCCUACAAAGUCUCCAAAGCAGCAGUGAAUGCUUACACAAGGAUUUUAGCCCAAAAAUAUCCCAAUAAUUUUCGCAUCAAUUGUGUGUCCCCAGGCCAUGUGAAGACUGAUAUGACUGUUAAUGUUGGGAUGUUGACCCCUGAGGAGGGCGCUGAAAAUAUUGUGAAGUUGGCUCUAUUGCCCGAUGAUGGACCGUCUGGCUUCUUCUUCUGCCAGAAAAAUGUUAUGGCUUUCUAGACCUAAUUAAUUUAAUGGAUGUAUUAGUAAUAAUUACUACUAAGUACUAAU